AACAAUUUCAAGAUGGCGGCGGCUGAGGCGCGGAUAACAAUGGGGAGCGGGAGGCCUCGGUGGCUGCAGGCCUGAGGGUGGGGGAGCGGCGGUAGGAGACGGAAGGUCGCCGCGAGUGGCCGGGCCCCAUCUAGGAAGCGGGCUGGUCGAGUCCCGAGGGCAGUGGGGCGCCCCCGUAUGGGAAGGGCGGCGGCAGCAGGAGCAACAGCAGAAGAGCUGGGUCUGAGGGCUACCCGGCGCCCUCCGCUGUUCGUCAUGGCGCUGUGAAGAGGCGCCUGGCGUGGAGGCCAUUCGGUCGCUCCCUUCUUCUGUCUCUUCCUCGGCUGAUGGUUCUGCCCCCUUGUCCCAUGGCGGACUUCGUGGUGCCGCGGCACAGCGCCGUAAUGGAGCGGCUCCGCCGGCGGAUCGAGCUCUGCCGACGGCAUCACAGCGCUUGCGAGUCCCGCUACCAGGCCGUGUCUCCGGAGCGUCUCGAGCUGGAGCGGCAACAGACCUUCGCGCUUCAUCAGCGCUGCUUGCAGGCCAAGGCCAAGCGGGCCGGGAAGCACCGCCAGCCGGCUCCGGCAGCACCCCCGCCGGCUGCCCCCUCGCAACCGCCUUCCUCUGCUCCAUCCGCGGGCUCUGCCGCUACCUCCGCUUCUUCCGACAGGCCCGGAGCCAACGGCCUCGACUCCGACACCGCGGGCGGUGAACAGCAGCAGCAGCAACAACAACAACAACACCCGGGCCGCAGCAGCGCUCUCAUCGCGCAGCUUCAUGAAACAGUGAAAAGAAAACUUGAUAGCUCUGUUUCACCUCAGAAUGGUGAUCAGCAGAAUGGCUAUGGGGAAAUGUUCUCUGUGCCCAAGAAAUUGCGUCAUGAUGAUGGACUUCCUCCCGUAUCUCCUCUGCACCAGCUGGACAGCAAAUCUUCCAAUGGAGAUGCUUUGCAGCUUAAUGGAAAACAUUCCUUGGGGCUAGAUGGCAUCAGCAAAAAGUGUCUGCGUGACUCUAAUCUACAGCUGAAUGGAAGCAGUGAUGCCGAUGACACCUUUAGUAUGGCUUUGAACAAGGAGCUCAAACAAGAACCAGAUGACCUUCCUUGUAUGAUUCCUGGAGCAGGAAGUUCUGUAUCUCAGAACAACUUGAUGUCCGAUCUUAACCUUAAUGAGCAAGAGUGGAAGGAGCUCAUUGAUGAACUUAAUAGGUCAGUUCCCGAUGAAGACAUGAAAGAUCUGUUUACGGAGGACUUUGAGGAGAAGAAGGAUGCUGACUCUUCAAAUUCAGCAGCACAAACUCCACUGCCACAAGACAUCAUUAUUAAGACUGAAUUUUCUCCAGCAGAUUUUGAACAAGAGCAGAUGGGGUCUCCACAAGUCAGGUCUAGUUCCUCUGGCACAACCUUCAUUGGGAACACUUCUGUGCCUGUUAGUGUGGCUGCUCCAGUGGUUGGAAAUUCCCAGAAUAUGUUUCAGCCACCCAAUCAGUCAGUGACUGAGAAUCCUAACCAUCAGUCUAUGAUACAGCCAUCAAACCAGUCUCAGAGUGUGCAGAGGCCUGUACCUAAUUCUGUAUUACCUGGCCAGAAUACAGGAAAUGCCAAAGACAUGUCAUCUGCUCAACAGCUUCAGCAGAUAGCUGCCAAACAGAAGAGAGAUCAGUUGUUGCAGAACCAACAGCAAGUCCACCAGCCCAGUCAGAUUUCCAGUUGGCAGCCAUCUGGACCUUCUCAUAGUCCAUUAGCUGGACCAUAUAGUAUGGAAAAUCCUAGUAGCCCUUCAGUUUAUCAACAGGACUUCAAUAACCAGAAACUCAUGUUGUCCAAUAUGCCAAACAAGAGCUCUCCCCGGGCUGGAAGCAGUUAUCACUCUGGAAAUAUUUUAAGCCAUCAGCCAAACAGUUUAAACCAGAACUCAGUGUCUAGUCAGAGCUCUGUAUUGGACUAUGGGAACACAAAACCUCUUUCACAUUACAAAGAAUGCGUGCAGGGGGCUACAGUACCUGGACAGAACAAGACUCCCAUGUUGGCAUAUAUGCAGCAGCGUCUACAGGCUCCACUGACUCAUAUGAAUGAUGAGCAGAAUGGGAUGUUUGUAAUGAAACAGAAGUCUGGGAAUAUUGCCUACAGACCUCUAGUACCACAUAGCCAGGAUCAAAAUUCUUCUGCUAAUGUUGCCCGGAUUCCUGUUUCUGUUCCUGGCCCUGGUGUGAAUGCACAGCCUCCCAAUGUUUCCAUGGCAGGUAACCAUGGCAGCACAGCCUAUCUCAACAGUCAGCAGCAAGCAGUUGUAAUGAAGCAGCACCAAAUGCUACUAGAUCAGCAGAAACAGAGGGAACAGCAACAAAAGCAUUUGUUAAUGGAGCAACAGAAGCAGUUUCUAAUGGGCCAGAGGCAGCUUCUUGCUGAACAGGAGAAGCAACGGCACCAUCGAGAGCAGCAGCUGCAGAGGCAUCUGACCCGGCCACCACCUCAGUAUCAAGACCAGACGCAGAAUCCCUACCAACAGCAGGUUGGACAGUUCACAGGUUCAUCACCCGCUAUGGCAGGGGUAAAUAAUUUAAGUCAGUCCAACUCCAGCAGCCCACGCAUGUUUUCUCAGACUCAGAACAUCAUUCAGAUUGGAACAGGACACAGUUCUGUUACAUCAAACUCCAGUCAGCAGGAUCAAGCCGUGACUCAGUAUACUGGCAUGCAGAACAUUCAGCGUAGUGGUUUGUACAACAUGGCACCUGGUAUAACACAGAUGGUUCAACAGCAUGCAAAUUCCAGUGCUGGUGGACAGCCACAGAUGCAAAGACAGCCCAGUUUGGCCCAGGGCACUGCUAUUCCUGCUGGUUAUGGACAGGGCUCACUUGGAAAUGCAGGCAUUUCUCAGCAACACAGUAAAGGACCACUGAAUCCGACCUUGUCCAAGCCACAGAUGGCAAGAAUGGCAACAGGUAUUGGGGCUCAAAAUCCAUCAUGGCAGCACCAAGGUAUGUCAAACAUGAACAACCAGGCACAAGGGAAUAAUAAUGGCUUAGGGACAUUUACAGCUAGCUCUACUUUCCAUAUGCAGCAGACUCACCUAAAGAUGACCAGUCAACAGUUUGCACAAGGCAUGCCUCAGGUAAGUCUCAACACCAGCAGGCCAAUGGCCUCCAUGAACACAGCUGUCUCUGGACAGAUGCUGCCAUCUAUGGGUGCUCAACAAAGGACAAAUCCUCCUACCCAGCAGCCAGUACCAUCACAACAGAUUCUGCCAGGCAUAAAUCAGACUGUCCCAGAUCUGUCUGCAUUCAGCCAGAAUCAAAAUCAGCAACUGCCCAACAGAACCAAUCUGCACUGUAAUCAAGGUUACCCAGUGAGGACAACCAGUCAAGAACUGCCUUUUGCCUACGGCAACCAAUCUGGCAAUAAUGGACUACCGAGCUUAACCGGGGAUACAGAUCUUAUAGACUCUUUGCUGAAAAACAGGACUUCAGAAGAAUGGAUGAAUGACCUGGAUGAAUUGUUAGGGACUCAUUAAAAGUACCAUUGGGGGAUUUUCUGGAUCGUUUUGAAUUGCAUAUUAUUCUUGGACCAAAUACCUGUGGCAUUUAGUAGAUUCACAGGGCACUAGUGAGAAUGUAUUAGAGCUGCUCCCUUCUGGGUUUGUGAGAAUUAAAUACCAAUAUGAUAGGAAAUAGCAUAGUAAUUUUUGUAGUGUGUCUGGAACACUACACAAGACAAAAGUCCAGGUCAGUUUGGUGUGCAUUCAGCCUUCAGAAUUUUCACUUUUAUGGUGAUUGACAUUUGAACACAAACCUGUGCGGUGGUGGUGCGGAGAGUAACCCUGUAAGGAGACUCCAAAUAUUCAGUGUUAAAGUAACCUUUCCCGCAAUUAGUAAUUAACAGCUUCUUCAUCCUAGCCUGGCUGUUAGUUAUUGCAAUUAGCACCCUUCCUGCUGUUUCUGAAGAGAGUGUUCAACAUUUCUUCCCUUGCGGGAUCGCUCUAGUUUGUCAGGGCAAUCUUCUGUGUAUUUCUCAUCCAGCAAGAUGAGAGUGUUCAAAAUAACAGCUAGCAAGAGUUUAUAUGCUGGAGACAGUCAGGUGUUAACAUGGCCAGCAGAAGGUUUGUAUGGAUGUAAACUGGGGACCCCAGUCUUAAUGAAUUUAAAGCUAAGCUAUUUGCACUCUGCUGUGGAGGAAGACUGGUGUUUAGAAGGGUUUUUUAAAGAGUCUGACUUAUCAAGUGUGUGCACUUUUCCUAUCUUCUUUCCAGCAUUCAUUGUGCUUAAAUGAAUGAGUUGGAUUGAUUUUUCCUCUUUGAUUCAGAGGGCAUUUAAAUUUUCCUGUUGCCACACACAUGCUGUACCAAUAAGCACAGGAUCUGUAAUUUUUGGCGAAGUGUGUGAAGGAAGCCAUGUGCCUUGAAAGUUGUAAGUAACAUUAAAAACUUUGCAAUAAUGGCAUGGGGAAUAGAGGGUGGGGGUAAGAAGGCUUGUUACUUUAUUAAAGGCUGUCCCAUUGUGAAAAUUCUCCUGACACACACACCCUUUGAAAAUAUUUGUUCUGCAGUUUUAUCUCUUUAGAAAUAGACUAAUCUCCAUUGAAGCAGAUGCUGCUAUUUCAUCAUGGUCCAUGGAGACCCUCUUAUGGAUGUUUAGGGUCCAUUCCAUGCUUGGCAAGGGAAGGGAGAGAUAUCUUCAACAUGUUACCAAAAAUACUUCUGCUUGCCAACGAAGCCACUUUUUGCCUUAACCUGUAAUUUAUAAAGGUAAUAAAUUCAAAAGUUGUUUUAGAUGCAACAAUACCUCUCGGUUCCCUUCUCCAUUUUACCUCCAAUUGUCAGGAUUCUUAAUUAUUUGUAUAAUACCUUUAAUUGAGAAUCAAAGAAUUUCCUUCUAAAAGGGCAAAUCCAGGAGUAGACUGCCACAGAGUUUGGAGAUUUGUGAGGGGUAUAUUUUAGGGAGGGGAACAAUUAAGGGAAAACAGUUGAACAAUAGGAAGGAAAUGUUUUACUGUAUCUGCAGUGUUUUUCUGAAAUGUGCACUUUGGAAAAAAAAAUCUGCUUUAACACUACUCUUUAUUUAAUCCUUUCCCAAAUUACAUAUGGAUACUGCUUUUGCUAUGUGUGCUUGCCACCCAUGAGCAAGUUACGUAUGCUGUGCUAAACAGAUUUUUGUAUCGUAUCAUGAUGAACAGUUUACGCAGCUAAAUGGUGAAAGUUGCGUGUUGAAUGGAUCCCUUGCUGAAUGUCCAAAAUUAAGCAAGUUGCAUUGCUUGUAUAAUUUUUAAAACUUUGUUUUUUAGGGAUUAAUUUAAUGAAUAAAACAUUGAUGUCUCUGAUAUUGUAAGUAAAUUAGGUUAGAGUUAAAUUUACUAAUCUUUUCUGCAAGUCAGCAGUUGAGCAAAAUAAUUUGUGAGUUUUGUUUAAUCAAAGAGAUGGUCUAAGACAAAUGUCAUCAGGAAAAAUCUCCUGUUGAUCUCUGUAGCUGCUUUUUGGGCCAGGGACAGAGGAGGUAAUAAUACUUGUUCUGUAAAUAUUUGGUGAAUUUUGCACCAGUGUGCCUUCCUUUCUUGUUGGAGGGGCUUGGGACCUCAUAUUUCUUAACUGUUGUCUGGGUUCUGCUGAUUUCCUUCUCCUGAACACUGAAAAAUGACAGUUUUGAUUAAAUUUAAAUGCUUUAGGUUAGUAGUUGGGUUUGUCAACUGGAAUUUAAGAUUUUUAAAAUGCCACCCCUUAUGUGUUUCUAAUUCUACGGUCAGAUUUUUUUGUAGCAAAUGUAAUGUUCCUGCAAAAGUGGAAGUAAAAUAUUGAUGGGAUUUAUCUCUUCCCCCAUCUUUUUUUCUGGUUACAUAGGGCUUGCCAGCUGUUAUCGCAUGCUAUUUAAAUUCUGUUCAAACGUAAUUUUAAGCAAACUAGCCUAGAAUAUUCUUGCAGUGGCAUGUAUUAAAUCCAUCUAACCAGGGAUUUACAAAGUGUUAAAUUAUAGCACACACACAAUGGCAAUGUGGUGUCUGUCCCAAGCAAAAUUGUCCAAAUUUUUUAAAGGUAGCUUUGGCAGAACAAUAUUCAGGUGCUGUUCAGUGAUCAUUAAGUUUGGAGGCUCAAUGCAAAAGGUCUGAGCUCUGCCCUUCAGUCACUUGUAGCAGUCCAUAGAAGCAUAUAUGCACUUGGGUCUCCAUUUGCUGCAGCUUCAGAGCAAUAAGAUGUGGCUCCUCUGAGCUUUACCUAGCCAACUGCCUCGGCUUUAUUUAUAGACUGUGGUUAUGGACAGGUGAAAGGGGGUGAGAAUGUCAUUGUUCAACAUCCACUGCCUUCCAGAAACCCACUACUCAAUUGAAAAGGGUGCUUGGUUUUCUAUUCUACACAUUGUGUAAAUAAAUGUUUACAAUUUUUAUAUUAAAGAUUGAAUAAGAGUUAGAACUUCUGAGUGUAUAUUUUUUACUUUUUUAUAGAUUUUUAAACUAUAAUUCUUUAUAUAUAUAUGUGUUGGGGGGUGAUUACUGUUUUUCUUUUGUUUAAAUGGUGAACAGUUCCAAUUUGAUGCUAACCUUCUUGUCUUUGAAUUGUAUAAAGAGCCCAUUAAUCUCCCUUUCCUUUAACUACAAUUAUUGUGGCACACCAAAAAGAAAUCUUUCACACUUCUGUUUUGUCAUUAUAAAAAAUAAAUAUUUUGCUAGUGUAUGAAA